AUGUUUCACCUCCUCCUCCUCCUCCUGACCAUCCCCCUUGCCCUCCCCGUGCUAGCCAGCCUCAAAGACCUCUCAAACUGCGACCCCCUCAAGAAAGACGCCCACUGCCCCCCCGAUCUCGCCUUCGCCACAGAAACCUCCUUCGACUUCACGCGCACCUCCUGGGACGACGACCACUUCACCUCCUUCUGGACCGCCGACUCCUCCACCGCCCACGACAAGCGCCAGCUCGCCCUCAACAACACCGACGGCAAGGGCGCCGCCUUCACCAUCUGGCAGGACGGCCAGGCGCCCACCCUGACGAGCACCAAGUACCUCCUCUUCGGCAAAGUCAGCGUCCAGGUCCAGGCCGCCAAGGGGCCCGGCCUCAUCACCGCCAUUGUCCUCAAGUCGGACUCUGGAGACGAGAUUGACUGGCGCAACCUCUGCCUGGUCUACGGCUCGAACUCGACGUACCCGCAGACCCCGGUGAAACUGCGGCCCUAUUGCAUCAGCCGUCUCAGCUCUAGUGGCCCCACUACUACGGUCCAGAACGCCUGCUGCGGCAAUAAGGAUCAUCAUCCCUACGCCGCGUACUUUCUCUCGCUCCAGCUCCAGGACUACGCCGGCGGGUGCAACGAGACCGACGACGGCAGCGGCGGCGGCGGCAUCGAGUACCUGUACGACGAGCGGACGACCGGCUGGCAGGACAUUGACGUCAAGGGAUGCGCCAAGAGGGCCGCCCCGGGAGAAUACCCUCCCCUUCCGCCUCCUCCUUCGGGAACUUCUCAGCCCACGCAGAGCGAGCCAUCGGCGGCGUCUCCUACCACCACCACCACCACUACCGCCACUGACGGGAGCGGAGGCCAACCGACGGAGACGGGCGAUCAGAGUCCGGAUCCCUCCGAGACCGGCGCCGGCGACGACAGCGGCAAUGCGGCUCUGCCGAGCGGGAGACCAUCUUCGCCGCUGGCCGCUGUGAUGUUCCUUCUUUGGCUUCUCGCUGUUUGA